GAGGCUGGGAACCGAAGGGCGCUUCGCGACGUCAUCGGAGCGCGCCGGAAGCGCGACUUACCUCGGCCCCCGUGGCCGCCUGCGAGGAUGGCUGGCUUUUCGGAGCUCGGGCUGUCAUCGUGGCUCGUGGAACAGUGUCGGCAGCUGGGUUUGAAGCAGCCCACGCCCGUGCAGCUCGGCUGCAUCCCCGCCAUCCUGGAGGGUCGGGACUGCUUGGGCUGCGCCAAGACGGGCAGCGGCAAGACGGCGGCCUUUGUCCUGCCCGUGUUGCAAAAGUUGUCCGAGGACCCCUAUGGCAUCUUCUGCCUGGUCCUGACGCCCACCAGGGAGCUGGCCUACCAGAUCGCCGAGCAGUUCCGGGUGCUGGGGAAGCCUCUGGGCCUGAAAGACUGCAUCAUCGUGGGCGGCAUGGACAUGGUGGCCCAGGCGCUGGAGCUCGCCCGGAAACCGCACGUGGUCAUCGCCACGCCGGGGCGCCUGGCCGACCACCUGCGCAGCUCCAACACCUUCAGCAUAAAGAAGAUCCGCUUCCUGGUGAUGGACGAGGCCGACCGGCUGCUGGAGCAGGGCUGCACCGACUUCACCGCGGACCUGGAGACCGUGCUGGCGGCCGUGCCGGCGCGCAGGCAGACGCUGCUGUUCAGCGCCACGCUCACCGACACGCUCCGGGAGCUGCAGGGCCUGGCCACCAACCAGCCCUUCUUCUGGGAGGCGCAGGCGCCGGUGCGCACGGUGGAGCAGCUGGACCAGCGCUACCUGCUGGUGCCGGAGCGGGUCAAGGACGCGUACUUGGUGCACCUGGUGCAGGGCUUCCAGGACGAGCACGAGGACUGGGCCAUCAUCGUCUUCACCAACACGUGCAAGACCUGUCAGAUCCUGUGCAUGAUGCUGCGUAAGUUCAACUUCCCCGCCGUGGCGCUGCACUCCAUGAUGAAGCAGAAGGAGCGCUUUGCUGCACUGGCCAAGUUCAAGUCCAGCAUCUACCGGAUCCUGAUCGCCACGGACGUGGCCUCGCGGGGCCUGGACAUCCCCGCCGUGCAGGUGGUCAUCAACCACAACACGCCCGGGCUGCCCAAGAUCUACAUCCACCGAGUAGGCCGGACGGCCCGCGCAGGGCGGCAGGGACAGGCCAUCACGCUGGUGACACAAUACGACAUCCACCUGGUGCACGCCAUCGAGGAGCAGAUCAAAAAGAAGCUGGAGGACUUCCCGGUGGAGGAGGCCAAGGUGCUGCAGAUUCUCACGCAGGUCAACGUGGUGCGGCGGGAGUGUGAGAUCAAGCUGGACGCCGCCCACUUUGACGAGAAGAAGGAGAUCAACAAACGGAAGCAGCUGAUCCUGGAGGGCAAGGACCCGGACCUGGAGGCCAAGCGCAAGGCCGAGCUGGCCAAGAUCCGGCAGAAGAACCGGCGCUUCCGGGAGCAGGUGGCGCGCACGCUGGAGCGGCGGAAGCGCAAGGCCCUGGCCUGAGGCCCCGCCGGCGCCCCCGCGCGGCCCCCUCGGGAAUCCGGACACUCAGCUCCGCGGGACCGAACGCCAGUCCCGGCCGCCCCGCUCAGAGGUGCCUGGUAUACAGGCGGUGCUCAAUAAAUGGGGCUUUUGACUUA